AUGAGCUCGGAGAAGAACCCGGAGGUGGUGGGCUGUGACGCCUCCAUCAUGAAGGACGUAUGGGAGAUCAGAGAGAGAGACCUCCUCCAGAAACAGCAGCAGGAGACAGAGCGGCUCAGCAAGAGUGCACUGUCCUCAAUCAACCAGGACUGGACCAACCGUGUGGCGGCUCGCCAGGGCGGGUACAAGAGAGCAGAGAGAAAGGCCAAAGUCUCAGAGGCUCCUGGAGACGACAGCAGCAAAACCAAACGCUUCUCAGUCCGAGUGUCUGCUCCGGCCCCGUCUCGCCCUGGGCCUCAGAGACCAGCUCCAGGCAAAGGGCAGAAGGGCCAGGACAGCGGCGUGGGCAAGGCACACCGCCUGAAGAGCCUCACGACCUCCCAGCCCUCACCCAUGGUCUGGGGAAAGUCCUGGAAGUUCAGCAAAGAGCUCCCGCAGUCAGAGGAGAGCAUCACUCCUUCAAACUGGGGGGAAUGCUGGAAGUUUGCAACCCGGCAACCAUUCACUGAGGCGGGGAAGCCCUGGCCCAACGGCCCCUGCCAGAUCAACCACGCGGCGCUGCAACUCUGGGAGAAGCCUGUGCUUAGAGUUCCAGAAGAAGAGCCUUCCUCGACUCUCUGCAGCCAUGAGUGGAGUGAGUCCUGGAGAAACGCCAACAAAGGGAAUAAAGAUAACUCUUCUGAGACAGGAACACCCAAAUAUGGUCUCUUCACGUCAUUGGUGGAGUCUCAUCGCCACAACAGCGAUCUGUACUGCUCAGAAUGGAGCAAUGGUUGGAAAUCCACCAAACCAAGCGACAACGAAGACAUCGCUGGUUCAGUCGCAAAGGCUGCCCCUGAGAACCGAGACAACGGUCAGAGUUCUGAAUGGGCUGGAGCUUGGAGACUGUCAAAUCAUCAUGGGAUCACCAAAACUCCAGAAGUCCGUCAGGUCCACAGCCCAGAGUGGUUCAAGUCCUGGAGCGUUGCCUUUCCAGUUCAGAACAGCUCCGAGGGCUCCGCCAUCGAAGGGAAGGCCGACCAGCACACUUCAAAAGAAAUCGUGUUUGCUGAUAAACGUAAGUCACACCGUUCUUUCUCGGAUCUCGAGGAAGAGUUCAAAGCCUUCUCAGAGUGGGCCAAGUCUUGGCAAGUGAUCAAGAAUGACAACAAGCCCAGCCCAGAGAUCGAGAAAACUCUGAAGACUCAACCACCCAAGAUGGAACAAGCUGUGAGAGUUCAGGAAAGGCCCGAGUUGUGCUCCUCUGAUGCGGCCUCAAAGUUCUCGCAGCUAAGACAGUCCGUCCUGUUUCCUGCCAGAAGAGAAGUGACCCACUCAGUGAUGCUGCGGUUGAAGGAUCUGGAGAAGGCGUCAGCUUGUCCAGAGUGGAAAGACUCCUGGAAGAUGCUUAAACACCAACUUAGAACCACUCAGAGACAGAGACGUGUCCAGCCGAAGCCGUUUGAUGACCAGAGAGCAGGUGAAUGGAAGGACUCAUGGAAAUAUACAGCUCCAUCUUUAGGGAAUCAAACUCCAGAGAUGUGGCAGAAAGGUUGGAGUGCAACUCCCCAAAUGAGAGUGAACCGUGCUUAUAACCACUUUGCUCCAGUUGAACUACCAAAGAAUGGGCCAGCGGGGGAGAGAACUUGGAACGAAUCCUGGAGAAUGUCAAGACGCCCACUAGACGCAAACCAAAGAGGUUCAAACACAAACCCCGUUAGCCCUCCUGUCUGGCUCCCUCAGAGGCAGCGGUCGCCCGGGGAUUGGCAAGAGGCCUGGAGGGUCUCCGAGACUCAGCACCGUCACGACAAACCUUCGUACGCGCAGUGGGUGGAGGCCUGGAAAUGUUCAUUAUUCCAGAGCGGGAACUAUCAAUGCAACCGACGGCUGAUGGGGACGCAAUGGGUGAGCCUGGCGUUGGAGAUUGCAGCCAAGAGAGACGUGGUUUCUCUCCAACGAGCCGAGAAGAACGUAGCCCAAGAAAGAUGUGUUGACAAUGUGUGGGCGGGAUCCUGGAAGGUUGGGUCCAUGUUGAAGAAAGGUUCUGCUGAUGGAAAGUCGAAUGUUCAGGGUGGAAGCAGUGAGUAUGGGUCCAAGUGGGGGAUGUCCUUCAGGAUGGCUAAUCCGAUGCCCAAAACUGAAGAACCGUGGAUGAAAAGCUCUCCCAACCCGUGCUUCUACCAAGUCCUGUGGCCAAACCAGAGGCUGAGCAGGGGACAUGACAUCAAAGCAGAUUUCACCAACAACAUCAGAGUCACCAAACUGUGGUGUGGCUCGCAACAGUUCCUGCAAAGCUUCAGUCCAGAGCUGUGUGGUCAGAAGGCUCCAGGACGAGCGACAGACCCCAGAGAGAUCCUCAGCAAGAAAACCUCCUUCAAGAAGCAAAUGUACGUCAGCCUGGACCGGAGGGAGAAGCAGCAGGACCAGAAGUGGGCCGGCUGCCACCUGCUGGGCAAGACACAGCCCAAGCCCAAGAGAGGAGGCGCCGUGAAGAAGGUGAAGGUGCAGGAGGACAGUAACGAGGCGCAGUUUGAGGAGGCGUGGGGCGAGUCCUGGAGGGUUCUGCUUCGUCCUGAGGCCCUGAAGAACAGGCCGAGGUCCCUCAGAGGAUGGGACGAGGCCUGGAAGAUGUUCCUGCCGCCGUACCAGAUGUUAGGAGGAGCCAAGACCAGGAAGGUCUGA